CCUUCUUUGUUGGUUUCUUUUUCUCUCUUUUUUUUCAAUUGUAGAGUACCCAUAAAAUUACAAGAAAACAUGUCAAAAUCUGUGGAACUCCCAGAUUGUUUCUAUCCUAGGCAACCAAUUACCAUAACCCCAAGUGCUCCAACGCCAAAGCAUUCUCUCUAUCUCUCUAAUUUCGACAACCAAAACUUGCUCAGAUUCUCCAUUAAGUACUUGUACCUCUUCAAGAAAUCUGUUAACUUUGAUACCUUGAAGUCUUCUCUGUCCAGAGUUCUAGUGGAUUACUACCCAUUAGCUGGGAGAUUGAGAACCUGCAUUGAGGAUGAUCACAGGCUUGAGGUGGAUUGCAAUGGAGAAGGUGCUGUGUUUGCUGAGGCUUUCAUAGAUACCACUGUUGAAGAAUUGCUUGAACCUUCCAAGUUUCCAAACGAGUCAUGGAGGAAGUUUUUGUAUAAGGUGGAAGCUCAAAGUUUCUUAGAUGUUCCUCCUCUUGUAGUCCAGGCGACGAGGCUUCGUUGCGGAGGAAUGAUCCUAUGUACCGCGAUCCACCACUGCCUAUGCGACGGCAUCGGCACGUCACAGUUUUUAAACGCUUGGGCCAAACUUACCAAAGACGUCAAAACCGAUUUGACAAUCAUACCCUUCCACGAGAGACACGUGUUAAAACCUCGAGAUCCCCCGCAGGUAAAGUUCCCUCACCCGGGAAACACCAGAACAAAACCCACUCCUCAAGUUGACCUAUUCAAGUUUGUUCAGUCGCAGCCACUGGUCGCCACGUCAUUCACCUUCGGACCCUCCGAAGUGCUUCGCUUGAAGAAGCAGUGCGUGCCGUCAACGACACUAAACAGAAUCACAACCUUUGAAGCGGUGGCGGCACACACGUGGCGGUCAUGGGUUCGAUCACUGAACCUGUGCCCCACCCUCGUGGUGAAGCUCCUUUUCUCCGUUAACGUUCGGAAAAAGAUGAAACUCCCAGAAGGGUAUUAUGGGAAUGGGUUCGUUAUAGGGUGUGCUGAGAGCACGGUGAAGGAUUUGUUAGCUGCUAAUAACCUGCAUCAUGGUUUGAAACAGGUGCAAGAAGCUAAGGCUAGUUUGGAUGAUGAUGAGUAUAUAAGGUCCAUGAUUGAUUUGUUAGAGGACAAGAUGGUGAGAACAGAUCUUUCUAGAAGCUUGGUUAUAUCACAGUGGUCUAGGUUAGGGUUGGAAGAUGUGGAUUUUGGAGAAGGGAAGCCAUUGCAUAUGGGUCCUUUAACAAGUGGUGUUUAUUGCUUGCUUUUACCUGUUGUUGGAGAUGCUAAUGCUGUGAGAGUGCUUGUGUCGGUUCCCGAGAGUGUGGUAGAAAGUUUUAAGUGUCACAUGAUGAUGAUGAUGAUGAUGAUGAUGAAGAAAGAAAGUUGGGAAAAUGAUGAAAAUGGUGAUGUUAACACAAAUGGGUAUCAUGCGCAAGAAAAUGGAUUAUUUUGAAUUAUAUGUAUAUAUCAAGUUGCAUUUAUAGCUAGUCUUAAUAAGACUGAUACUGGGGGACGAAUAUAUAUGUAAUCGAAUUUUAGUGUAUAGAAUCGAGCAAUCUGAUUGAUAUGUUACACACUU